AAUAACCCAUUGUACGUAUUCACAUUAACCUCCACGUCCUUAGGAUUCUAGCAAAAGUGAAAAUCUGUACAGCGAGACACCAAAAUUGGCGUUCUUGUUUUAAUCAAAUAGGAAAAAAUGUCAGAUAAUCCUAUAGAAUUAAUUCGUUCUACGUUAAAUGGAUUUGAAAUCGCACCUGAUUUGAAGACUUUGUCUAAAAUACAAGACUUGGGCGUACAGAUAGAGAGAACCAGAGAAGAAAAAUUAGAUGAUUCAAGGAAUAUCUUAAAAGCAUUGUCAAGAAAACUUGAAAUAUCAUCGCAAGUUACUGAAUCAUUAAAGCGAACAACUGAGUCUCCCGAACAUGCAGAAGAGCUUUUACAAAAGGACAGAGAAAAGUUUCAGUUGGCUAAACAGUUAAAUGAUACCGAGACUGAGAUCAUGAACUUGGAAUCCCAAUUACAGAAGAUGAAAGAGCAACUAUUGCAAUUGCAAAAGGAAGAAGAAGCAGAAGAUGAUGUUCAUCAUAUCGAGGAUGACGCUGCUCUUUUAAAAUUACGAUUUUAUCACUCCUUAGGUUUUGAUCUUCAAAACUUUGAUGACAAGGAACAGAGAAAAGUAAUAGUCUAUACGAAAAACGAUUUACGAACGGUGCACAUAAGCAAUAAGUAUACACCAUUCUUCUAUUCAAAUUAUUUAUGGGAUUUAAUGAACGAUGAUGAGGAAAAAGAAUAAAAUCAACCGGACGAACAUUAUUAUUUGAUCUGCUUUUUUUGUUUUAAACGUUGCUCUACAUACCGUAUAGCAGUUAUCAACGUUGCUGUUUUAAUAUCAUACAGUUUUGCUAUUGUCGAAACAACCCGAAAAGAUAUACUAUCAGGAUCAGGGCGAGGUAGAAACAUUGGUAAAUAUGCUUCCUCUUUCAAAGAACUUAACUGAAAAUUUGCUUCAUUCUUUUGCACAACUUUGAACGAACGAGCUGUCUUUAAUGAGAGUUCAGAGUUCAUACCAGAAGUUUCAGUGUUUUUAUCUUGACUAGCAGAUUCGGGUCUUCCUGAAGAAGAAACUGAAAAUAGAUCAAGGAUCCCCUGUGGAAGCUGAUUAGGGUUCUCAUCAUCAAGAAAUUGUCUCUCGUACCAAUUCAUGUAAUCAUCGAUCUCGUUAUUGUCUAAAUGGUGCAUUGAAUAUUCGUCCAUCUCCAUAAAUGACUCUUGACUGGCCUUUCGGAGACGCAAAAUAGAUUCUAUCCAGUUCUUCCAAUCAGGAAUUAUGAUACUGUCUUCUAAGUCGAUAGAGUUGGAAGGUGUAGACCGUUCGAAACCAUACAAGAUGUUUGCGGAAACCACUAACGCAGCAAGGAUCAUUAACUCUGGAUUCGUUGAAGUUUCCGAGGUCGAUUUAAAGGGAGCACUGGCUUGAGGUAAAACAGAUGCUUGUCGAUGUGCUUCCCCCAAAGACAUGGGAAGAUUUAACGAAUAAAUUAGUCGAAUGGCUGGAAGAAAUAAUUCUACGGGAAAAAUAAAAAAUUUGAUAGUAUCUAAUAGUACCAAAGACACGUUUAUAGGAGGAAGUUGUAUGCUGUACCUUGGAAUUAGUAUUUGAAGGAUUGUGGAAACUGCCCCCUGCAAACGAUGAUAAGAAGGAUAAUGGUAUGGAACCAGCAUACGAACAUAGUUAAUAGGAAGUCGUUUUACGACUUGGGAAGGAAUGAUUUUAUAAGCCUUAUAAUAAGGCAAUGUAUCUGCUCGAAUCCAUCUUCGGAUUUGAUGAAGGGUAAUGGGAAGACGUAAUAGGAAACAAGAAAUAUAAAUAAAAGCUGGAGAGUAUAGAAGCUUUGGAUAUGAUAAACUCUGAUCUCUGUGGAUACUUUUGCUUACUUCUGACGUGUUAGAAGUUUGCGUAUCUGGAUCUUCCAUGUCCAACUCUGAGUCUGAGAGUUCGAGAAGGGAUAAGUCCUUAUUGAAGGAUAAAUAGCUAGAUGAAAAUGAUUCAUAUGCAAAUGAAAGGUAAAGUCCCCAUAAAUCACGGACUAAUCCCUCAAUAGUUUGAGGAAAUUUUAAUUCAGAGACUAAUGCAUUACACUGAGUCUGCAGAAUUGUUUGAUAAACCUGAAAAUAUAAGUCCCGACCAGCAGCACCAUACAGAGGUUCUUGAGAGUCGCCAGUAUCUAAAUGUUUACGAAGAACUUUACGUUUUCUCGUUUGAUAGAAAACACCUGAACCAGGUUCAUCAUCUUGGGCUAUUUCCAUUCCCUAAGAAAAGUUACUAUAAGUGUCAAAUCAUUAUCAAACUUACAUGUUGAAUAUGACCUCGUCGACAAACCGUUUGGCCUUCAUUCGUGAAAUACCAAAUACAUUUACAAUUUCGAAUAGGGCAGGGAGGCCCUUGAAACCAAUUACCAUCCAUCUUCUAAUCUAGUCAUGAAAUUCAAGGAAACACUGCUUAUGAAUAGUAAACACCAAUAUGACCUGAUACGAUGUCUUUUUUCGCUCAAAAAAACGUGGAUGGUCGCAAACCAACAAUCAUCAAUAAACGACAGAAUCUAGUAAACCAAGAAAGAUUUUAAAUAGAUGUUUUGCGUACACUCAACUUAGUCCUUUUUAUUUAAGGCAUGAAUUUGCAGUUUUUUAAAAAAAAAGAAGUUACACGCAGAAGAAGCGAAAACAAAC